AUCCGCGCCCUCCGUUGCCCUCUCCUCCUAUCCCCUUCUCAUACACACGCCUCCGGAGUCCGUCCGGCUCUGCCCCGCCGCUCCUCCGCGCCCUCCGCAGCCAUGACCCAAGGCGGCGACGCGCUCGAUCUCGCCUCCAAGGCCGAGCUCACACCGGAGCAGAAGGCCGCGCUCGUGAUGUCGCUGAAGAACAAGCUGGAGGGGUUGGUAGCGCAGCACACGGAUGUGCUUGAGAGCCUCGCUCCCAAGGUCAGGAAGCGCGUCGACGUGCUCAGAGCUAUUCAGAGCAAACAUGAUGAACUGGAAGCAAAGUUCAUUGAAGAAAGAACUGCGCUAGAAGCUAAAUACCUGAAGCUUUAUGAACCACUCUACUCAAAGCGUUCUGAAAUUGUGACUGGUGUGGUGGAGGUAGACGGCAUCACAAAGGGUGGAGAUGAGACCCCGGCAGAACCGAAAGAGAAGGGUGUUCCAGAUUUCUGGCUUAAUGCAAUGAAGAACAAUGAAAUACUGGCCGAGGAGAUCCAAAAGAGGGAUGAGGAAGCUCUGAAGUACCUUAAGAACAUCGAAUGGUGCAGAAUUGAUGACCCAAAGGGUUUCAAGAUUGUGUUUUCAUUUGAUGCUAACCCUUUUUUCAAAAAUUCUGUGUUGACAAAAACUUAUCACAUGAUUGAUGAAGACGAUCCCAUUCUAGAGAAGGCUAUUGGAACUGAAAUUGAAUGGUAUCCUGGAAAGUGUUUGACAAAAAGGGUACUACAGAAGAAGCCAAAGAAGGGCUCAAAGGACACCAAACCUAUUAUAAUGACUCAAGAGCGCAAGAGCUUCUUUAAUUUCUUCAACCCUCCUCAAGUUCCUGAUGUUGAUGAAAAAAUCGAUGAGGAUACUGCUGUGCAAUUGCAGGACCAAAUGGAGCAAGACUACGACAUCGGAUCUGCUAUCAGGGAGAAGAUCAUUCCACAUGCUGUUUCCUGGUUCACUGGAGAGGCUCAAGAUGAGGACUAUGACGGCACCAUUCUAGAGGAUGAUGAAAAUAACAGCGAAGAUGAGGAAGAUGAUUAUGAUGAAGAUGAUGAGGAAGACGAAGAAGACGAAUGAAGAUCGUGACUUAUGGAGUUCUCAUUGUGAUACCAAACGAGAUCAAUUUGUACUUGACAAUUGUUGCUUUUCUGACUGGAGUGAGGGAGUUGCAGCAGGGUAAGCGGCCUGCUGUGUGCAUGCAGCAGAGAAGACUGGAAAUUUUAUUAUUCUUGAAUUGUGCGAGUCCAAAAAUGUUUUUAUUUCUCUUAAGAGGUGUGUUUAUAUUGA